GGGGCGCGCGCGCGGCCGUUCCGCCAUGGCGGAUUACGAGGCGGUGCAGCGCGGCCCGCUGCGCCUGAAGGGCAGCGGGGGAGCCCUGGGCGCCGGCAAGCGGAAGAAGAAGAAGGCCAAAGACAAGGCCCAGAUCCUGGAGCAAAUUGUGAGCAGCAAGAAGCAGGAGGAGGAGAAGAAGCGCGGGCUGGACAAGCGGACUCCUGCGCAGGUGGCCUACGAGAAGAUGCAGGAGAAGCGGCAAAUGGAGCGGAUCCUGAAGAAGGCGUCGAAAACCCACAAGCAGCGAGUGGAGGACUUCAACAGGCACUUGGAUACUCUGACCGAGCAUUAUGACAUUCCCAAAGUCAGCUGGACUAAAUGAUCAGCCUGCUUUUCACGCCUCUGGAGCUGGAGUUGUGUUUUGUUUGUAUCAAGCAGGGUUGCCAUGUAAAUUUGUCUUUUCUCUGUAUUGUCUAAUACAUCUUCUGAGCUUUUAUGACUUUAUAGUGUCUUAUUUUAUAGUCUUGGUUUUUUUUAAAACCAAACAUCCAGCAGUGUCUUCUCUGGGCUGAGGGGCUCUGGUUUACAUCGAUGCAGAGGGCUGGGUUUUUUUAGUGUUUAUAGUGAGAUUAAGGCCAAAACGAAUUGCUGCGAGCCAGAUGGAAAACAUUCCUUUAUUUCUUUGGUUCUAACCGUUUUUGAAAUGAAGAGUCUGACAGUCUCACAUUUAAGUUUCUCUUGUAAGUUCUGUGAAUUGUAUAAUUACUUUCUAUCAACUUCUCUCAGUGGCCAUGUUGCAAAAUCUGAAAUACGUAGAAUUGUCUUAUGAAAGGACAUUUCAAGCCUAAUCAGCAGGAACGGAAUGAAAUAAAAAGCAGCCAACAAGCUCUAAGUGAUGUCCAAGUUCUGAUAGAUGAUGUGCUGGAUUUCUGGAAUCCCACCGAGCACCCAGGCUUGUGCAACUCUAAAAUAAAUACUCAGUGUGUCUCUCGA